CCCCGGCGGCCCCCGUAGGCCUGCCGCGCCCGGCCGAGUCGCCAUGGCAACGCGAGGCCCGCCGGCCGCGGCCUACUCCACCUCGGCGGCCCCCGAUGGAGAAAUACGAGCGGAUCCGGGUGGUCGGGCGGGGGGCGUUCGGGAUCGUCCACCUGUGCCUGCGCCGGUUGGACCAGAAGCUGGUCAUCCUGAAGCAGAUCCCGGUGGAGCAGAUGACCAAGGACGAGCGCCUGGCGGCCCAGAACGAGUGCCAGGUGCUGAAGCUGCUCCACCACCCGCACAUCAUCGAGUACUACGAGAACUUCCUGGAGGACAAGGCCCUGAUGAUCGCCAUGGAGUACGCGCCGGGUGGGACCCUGGCCGAGUUCAUCCGUAAGCGGGGCAACUCCCUCCUGGACGAGGAGACCAUCCUGCACUUCUUCGCCCAGAUCCUGCUGGCCCUCCACCAGGUCCACGCCAAGCAGAUCCUCCACCGAGACCUCAAGACGCAGAACAUCCUCCUGGACAAGCACCACACCACCCUCAAGAUCGGGGACUUCGGCAUCUCCAAGAUCCUCAGCAGCAAGAGCAAGGCCUACACCGUGGUGGGCACCCCGUGCUACAUCUCCCCGGAGCUGUGCGAAGGGAAGCCCUACAACCAGAAGAGCGACAUCUGGGCCCUGGGCUGCGUCCUCUAUGAACUGGCCAGCCUGAAGAGGGCCUUCGAGGCAGCCAACCUGCCUGCUUUGGUCCUGAAGAUCAUGAGUGGCACCUUUGCGCCCAUCUCGGACCGCUACAGCCCGGAGCUGCGCCAGUUGAUCCUCGGCCUGCUCAACCUGGAUCCCUCCAAGCGGCCGCAGCUGGAGGAGAUCAUGGCGGAGGCCCUGCUCGUCCGGCCCCUCCUCAACCUCUACACGGACGUGGGCAGCGUCCGGAUGAGGAGACCGGAGAAGUCGUGGACGGCGGUGGCCCAGAGCAGAGCUGGGGGUGCGAAUGUCGCGGCCAGAGUGAGGGGGUGUCGCUCUGGGCCCCCCCGGCCUGGCCUCCCCCCAGCCUUGUCCUCCAUCUACACCUGGGGCUCCGGCAUCCCCAGGCCCCUCCGGCUGCCCAUGCUGAACACGGAGGUGGUGCAGGUGUCCACGGGCCGCACGCAGAGGGCCGGCGUGACCAAAUCUGGCAGGCUGGUCAUGUGGGAGCCACCCCCCUUUGGCACGGCCGGGGGCCCCUCCCUCCCAGGGGCCACGGAGCAGCUCCAGCCCCAGUUCGUCUGCCGCUUCCUGGAGGGCCAGUCGGGGGUGACCAUCAAGCAGGUGGCCUGCGGGGAUCUCUUCACCGUCUGCCUGACAGACAGAGGGAUCGUCCUGACCUUCGGCAGUGGCAGCAGUGGCUGCUUAGGACACGGAGGCUUCGCGGACGUCACCCAGCCCAAGAUCGUGGAGGCCCUGCUGGGCUACGAGAUCGCGCAGGCCGCCUGUGGCGCCUCCCACGUCUUGGCCCUCUCCAGCGAAGGGGAGGUCUUUGCCUGGGGCCGGGGGGACAAUGGGCGCCUGGGGCUGGGGAACCAGGAGCCCCACAGCUCCCCACAGCUGGUGCCCCUUCCCGCCGGCUACGAAGCCCAGAAGGUCCUGUGCGGCAUCGAUGCCUCCAUGAUCCUCACCUCCGGCCACCAGAUUCUGGCCUGUGGAAGCAACAGGUACAACAAGCUUUGCCAGGACAGGACGGUGUCCCCGGGGGAGCCCCUCCCGGUGGCGGCUGUGGCUGCUGCUGACCAGGUGGAGGAAGUGCUGACCUUCAACCCCGCCAGCUCUGCCCCCCUGAGCCAAGAGGCCAUUGUGGAGGCCGACAUCGGAACUGCCCACUCGGCAGCCGUCACGGCCUCCGGCCAGUGCUACACCAUCGGCAGCAACCAGCACGGCCAGCUGGGCCCCCUCCCCUGCCGGGCCAGCCGGGCCCCCUACCUGGUGGAGGGGCUGCAGGCCACCCGCGUCACCCUGGUGGGCUGCGGGGACGCCUUCACCGUGGCCGUGGGAGCAGAUGGCGAGGUCUACACCUGGGGGAAGAGCGCCAGGGGCCGCCUGGGCAGGAAGGAGGAGGAGCCGAGGAGCCCCCAUCCCGUGCAGCUGGAAGAGGGCCCCCCCAGCCUGGUCGUCUCGGUCUCCUGUUGCCAUGGCACUACCCUGCUGACGGCCAAGCGUGACCGCGGCGGAAGACCCCGUCCCCCAGUGAAUGGAGAGGAGCAGGCAGGGGGAAGGACCACCCGCCCCCCGCGCAGGGACCUCUGGCCCCCUCCCCACCUCACCUGGGAGGCUGAAGCUGACCCACGGAUCAGGAGGGAGCCCAGCCUUCUCUCUCUGGCUGCCUGGGGGGGAGAAGGGCCACUUGGCCUGCCAGGGCAGAGGGCAGCAUCUCCUGCAGCUGGCAGGGCUCUUCCCGGGGGGGGGGGGGACAUGGGGGGGGGCAGGCUCUCCUUGGCUCUUCUUCCUGCACUGACUCAGAACCUCCAUGGGGGGAGCGCCCCCCCCCCCAGCAGGACCAGGAGUGACUCACCCCACUGCCACCUUUCGGGAUCUGUCCCAGGGGCCUGUCGGAUGUCAGGAUUUACAUCCGCUCCAGGUCCUGAGACCCCAAUUAGCCAGGAAGUAUUCUGGAGCCGUUACAGGUAGUCCUCGACUUAUGACCCCAACGGAGCCCCCUACUUCCAUUGGUAACCAAGACAGACGUUAAGCGGAUUUUGCCCCUUUCUCACUGCAGAUGUUAAGUGAGUCACACGGUUAUUAAGUGAAUCUGCUUCUCCCCGUUGGUCAGAAGGUCACCAAAGCGGAUCACCUGAUACCAUCGCGCUCUCCCCCCGCCCCCCCCGGGACACUGCGUCCGUCAUAAAUACGAGUCAGUUGCCAAGCCCUCUAAAUUUGGGUCACAUAACCAUGGGGGAUGCCACAACGGCCGUAAGUGUGAAAAAUGGCCAUGUGCCUUUCUUCAGUGCCGUCGAACGGUCACUCAGUGAAGCGUUGGAAGUCAAGGGCUACCUGUAGUUUUGGGGCCCAGCCCAGUGGCCCCUCCCAGACUGAGCAAGACCCCAAUAUUCUCAUUCUGCUGACUCCCCCCUCCCUCAACAACAGCACCUCUAGCCCGGGAGGGGGGUGGGGUGGGGGGGCUGUCUCUACAGAAGCCCCCCCCCAUGUUCAGCCAGGGGAGGGAGGGGGGGGUCCCUUCUUCCUGCCUCUGAGUAGGAACCUCUGAGCUUCUGCAGCCCUUGUUACUCCUCCUCCGACCGCAGCAGCCGGGUGUGGCUUUCACAAUGCACAAUCUGCCUCCACAAACCCACAAACUGCACUGCCGCCCCCCACCCCGGACACUCUUUCGUGGGGGCCCUGAAGACGGAGUUUGGCCAGUGGCCCCGAGGGGCCCCGAGUGAGGACGGCUCCCUCCAAGGGUUUUCCUUUUUCUCCACCCUGUUUUUAUGGCUUUUAAUCCGCUGCGAGCGACUCGGCGGCUGUAUAAAAUUUCCUAAAUAAAAUAAAAGACACAAAAUAGA